GGCUAGACUUGUUGCAAUUUCCCACCCGUCUCCUCCAAAAGAAAGUGAAAGCCAUGAGCUGGAUGGAUAAAUAGGCAGCGCAGAGUACCAGCAGCAGAGUGCAAGGAAGCUGUGCAUAGCUCACCUCUCCUGCCCGGAGCAUCAUUGUCUCCAGCCCAUCCUCUGCCAGAAUUAGCAGCAAAAUGCAGCGACUGCAUCUUCUCUGCCUCAGUCUCCUGGUGCUGGGAUGUAUCCUGGAUGUGCAUGGUGGAAACAACGCCCUUGACUGCUGCUUGCGGACAAGAGACAAACCCAUCCCACUGCGGAUCGUGCGAGAUUACCGGCUCCAGCUAGUGCAGGAUGGCUGCGACAUCCCAGCUGCUGUGUUCAUCACUACAAGAGACAAGAAACUCUGUGCCCCGCUCCAAGCUCCAUGGGUGAUUCGCCUUCAAGAGAAGCUGGAUUCCAGUUUUUCUAGGAAGGCCAAACCACAAGGCAAGUAAGCUCUGAAGAAGCCUGUGGCUGGCCUCAGCAAUUGGAGUGAGGCUGUCUCCCAGCUGUGAAUCUGAAUGGAUCUGACCUGCUACCUGCUGCAGCUGCAGGACCAACCCUCCUUGGAACUCAUGCCAGUGUGUGGGGCCGGGCAAGCCCUGCCUGUCCUCUCUUCUUCCUUUUGUCUCCGCUGUGACGCAGCGAUCUGCACCAGGCUGAGCUGGAGGCUGCUAGACCAGAGCCUCUGCUACCUUCACAGCCUGGAAGCUGAUUGUUGGACUCUUCUGUGAGACAAGUUUUGGGGAUCUCAGCCUUCCCUUGCAGCUGCUGUGACCUCCUGCAUCAGUCUGAUCCUUUUGGCUUCCAUGAUCAACGCCAAGACUUCUAUAGUCCUUCUGCAUCCCUGGGUACUACUGCCAGGAUUGAACAGUGUGGGGAUGGAGGGAGGGAUGGAGGUGUUCCUCGCCAGCCAUGCACUGUGCUGCUCCCUCACUGAGUGCAACCUGGAUGGCCAAAAGCAGAGUGUGGCUGAUACGGUUCCUCUCUCACACCCUGACUUCCCUACACAGUUUCCCCUCUUGCCCUUCCUGGCAUAAUUAGAAAUAGACCCAGUAAUGUGGCAGUGGCAGAGCAGUCAGCAAUGUGGCCCUCAACCUUUGCACUCCUCAGGGACACUGCCCUACUUCUUGGUUCCCCAGCCUGCCACCAUGUUCAAUCCCUUGGCAGGAAUGUCCAAGCAGAUUUUGUGCCUCUCUCAGGUGUUUGCUGCUAAAUGUGUUUGAAGCAACAAUGAUGGGUAUAAAUUGCUUCUUUUCUAUCUUUUGU